UAGAAGUAAAACUGGCAGAGAUGGAUGAGCAGAGUGUUGAGAGUAUAGCGGAAGUCUUCCGCUGCUUCAUUUGCAUGGAAAAGCUGCGGGAUGCACGUCUCUGCCCUCACUGUUCCAAACUGUGCUGUUUCAGCUGUAUACGGCGAUGGCUUACGGAGCAGAGAGCGCAGUGUCCCCAUUGUCGAGCACCACUCCAGCUAAGGGAAUUGGUCAACUGUCGCUGGGCAGAGGAGGUGACACAACAACUGGACACGCUACAACUCUGCAACCUCACAAAACAUGAGGAGAACGACAAAGACAAGUGUGAGAACCAUCAUGAGAAGUUGAGCGUGUUCUGCUGGACUUGUAAGAAGUGCAUUUGUCACCAGUGUGCACUGUGGGGAGGAAUGCAUGGAGGUCAUACAUUUAAACCCCUAGCUGAGAUCUACGAACAACAUGUUACAAAGGUGAAUGAGGAGGUAGCAAAGCUACGGCGCCGCUUAAUGGAGCUCAUCAGUCUGGUUCAGGAAGUGGAGAAGAACGUUGAGGCGGUGCGUGGGGCGAAGGAUGAGAGGGUAAGGGAAAUCCGGAAUGCUGUGGAAAUGAUGAUCGCACGGCUCGAUAAUCAACUCAAGAACAAACUCAUCACACUCAUGGGACAGAAGACCUCUCUGACUCAAGAGACAGAACUUCUAGAGUCUCUGCUACAGGAAGUAGAACAUCAGUUGCGUUCAUGCUGUAAGAGUGAGCUAAUCUCUAAGAGCCCAGAGAUCCUGCUCAUGUUCCAGCAGGUUCAUAGGAAACCAAUGCAGUCUUUCGUCACCACUCCUGUCCCACCAGACUUCACCAGUGAGCUGGUACCUGCCUAUGACUCAAGCACUUUUGUUUUGGCAAACUUCAGUACUCUGAGGCAGAGAGCCGACCCCGUCUACAGCCCCCCUUUACAGAUAUCAGGCCUAUGCUGGAGGCUGAAGGUUUAUCCGGACGGUAAUGGUGUUGUGCGGGGAAACUACCUUUCUGUUUUUCUAGAGCUAUCUGCGGGACUCCCUGAGACAUCCAAAUAUGAGUACCGAGUGGAAAUGGUCCAUCAGGCCUCCAGUGAUCCCACCAAAAACAUAAUUCGGGAAUUUGCGUCAGACUUUGAGGUGGGGGAGUGCUGGGGGUAUAAUCGGUUCUUCAGACUGGACCUUCUUGCCAGUGAAGGAUACCUGAAUAUGCAGACUGACACUCUUGUGCUGAGGUAUCAAGUGCGAUCCCCUACGUUUUUUCAAAAGUGUCGAGAUCAGUACUGGUAUAUAACUCAGCUAGAAUCGGCCCAGUCCAGCUAUGUUCAGCAGAUCAACAAUCUGAAAGAGAGACUAGCCAUAGAGCUGUUCCGUCGGCAGAAGUCACGGAGUUCUUCUCCACCUGACCGACGUAUGUGCCCCACGGCUUCCUCUGGAAGAGACUCACGACAAGGAAAGACAUCUGUACCAGAAGAGGAGAGUCAGGCAGUCUCGGCAGAGACAAAGGAAGAUGAGGAUGAGGAGAAGACUCAACACGAUGACUCUAAUGAGUUGUCUGAUGGGGAUCUGGAAGUGGACUGUCUGACAGGAGAUGAAGACGUCAAUCCUCUGGAUGGUAGCAGCACUUCCGGGAGCUCCACGGCCACAAGUAACACGGAGGAGAAUGACAUUGAUGAAGAGACCAUGUCUGGCGAGAAUGAUGUUGAGUACAGUGGAAAUCUAGACCUCGAGGAAGGUGAACUACCCGACGAUGUUGCCGGAGCAACAGGAGGUUCCAGUGCAGGUAUGCGGGGUUCAAGGCGUGGGGCAGGUGCAAGCUCGGCCAGCCUCCUGGAGAUUGAUCCAGUCAUCCUCAUCCAGCUAUUAGAUCUGAAGGACCGCAGCCAUGUGGAGUCACUGUGGGGGAUGCAGCCACGCCCACCUUCCUCUCUGCUCCAAACCCAAGGUGUCGAAAUCAAAUACGCUGCUGCAAUGCCUUCUCGGAAAGAGCGUGAGCGUCGGCCCCAGGCAGUGCGUCGGUCGACCCCGGACUCUGGGGUCCUGAUCAGACUAAAGGCUCAAAUGGCAGAAGUGCGUAGUAAGAUGUCGGAUGUGAAAGGGCAGCUGGAGGCUCGCAGUGGAACCAAUCCUCGGAUCUCCUCUCAGGGAGCCUUGAACCAUGAGCAGGGCCCCUCCAUGGACACAGAGGUGGGGCCCAGCCGGAAACCCAGCGAUCUGCUCUUCAAAGGACCCGUCUCAUCACGACACUCUCGCAGCGGAGGGAAGAAGGCUUGUUCUCCAAAGCAGGAGAGCGUGGGAAUGUUGGGUGUGCUGUCCUUGCGCAGGGCUGUGGAGGCUGGGGAGAAAGAACUGAGAGGAGCUGGUCGAGAGUCCCCUACUGAACCUGCUCUGUGUCCCAGAGAGGGCCCCUCUUCCUUGGAUGGCUCCCUGAAAGCAUGCAAUGUUCAGGGUUCUCCUCCCUCUCUGGGAAGCAGCUCCUCUUCCUCUGAUAAGCCUUCUGGCUCUAAACAUGAGGAGCUGGUGUAUGGAGCUUCAGGUUCAGACCUGUUCAGUGUCACGACUCUCAAUGGAGCGGCUGCACCUGCCACCAAACAGUGCAGGACUCCAGUCAUUGGGCCUGGCCUGCUGACGGACACCUCUCUCAACUGUGACCAAGAGAGUGCCAGCGAAAUCCAUCAGUCACUGCUGUCACUUGCCGAGCUGUCUUCCUCUUCCUCCUCACGCCCUGAUGAAGGUCUGCUCUGUCAGAAACAAACCCACCAUGUGCUGCCAAGCAUGAGCAGUGACAGCGAGCUGGACUGCGACACGGAGAAUGAGAACGAGGAUGAAGCAGUGGCCCUGGAGGCCGGAGACUGUCAGUUCGACACCAGAACACUACCAUGUCCAGGUGAGCAGCUGAUCUCUGAUGACCUGAGAUUUGUGACUGGAGACACCACAGAGAGAUAAUCCGUCAUGAUUUACAGCAACAGUGUUACAAAAGUGUCUGGAAGAGGCAUGAAGCCUUCUGUGUUGUCUGGCACUGGACAUGCUUUUUACAUUUCCUCUGUGUUUGUGCACUUACUUUAUGUUCGGCUAGAACAGGAUAAUUAAUGUUUAUAUGUGCUAUAUGUUAUUUCAGAGAAACACUUUUUUUGAAUAGGAGAGAAGUUUCAUUUUUGCUCUGCAAUACGAAAUGCAUAACAUUCCAUUUAUAGAAUUAAAGGUUAAAAAAUGUAAAUGUACAUACAGUAUUAUAGUGUUAUAUACUACAUUUCCUCUACUUUUGCAAUGCUGCUUAUUUGUGGUAGAAAUUGAUAAGGAGUUGACAAACAUCCAUUGUUUUUUUUGUGUGUGAAUGACUGGGGUGUUUCUUCAAAGAAUGUCAAGGCAGGUGCUGCUCCAUAACUCAAUGUACUCUUUUAGCUUUAUUUUUCAUGCAAUGUUUAUAUAUAGAUAUUAGUGUUUUUUUUUUUUUUUUUUUUUUUUUUUGGUUCAUUUUGUUUUGAUGUAGUUUAUCCCUCUAACUGUGAAUGUAUUGAUCAGCUUAGUCCACAAAGCAAAGCUUCAUCUACCCGAAAACAAGUUUACAUUGAGUGAACAUCUGCAAAAAAAGAAAAGAAAUAGGGAACAUGGCACCGGUACAAUUUCAAAUAAUUUUCUGAGUUUUGCGGGGAGGGAAGGUUUUAUUUAAUUCCAACAUGCAGAUAUUUUGCCUUACAUGGCUCAAUUACGAGCACUUAUAAACUUCAUACCCCAACAUUUCAUAUCACUGCUGCAUUCCUAUUUUUAGUAUGUCCUUUAAUUUGUUUUUUUUAUUAUUUGUAUUUUUUUUUAUCAUGCACACUCAUCUGUUAGCUUUACAUGAUGAAAUUUCAAAAUAAAAGGGAGUUACAUAAAAAAAUCUCAGGUGGGUCCAAGUCUGUAAUUUAACCCCCAGGCCAUAAUGUGAUACUUUGUGCAUCAGAACGGUGUUAGAGUUGAAGUCAGAAGUUUACAUACACCUUAGCCAAAUACAUUUAAACUAAUGUUUUCACAAUUCCUGACAUUUAAUCGGAGAAAACAUUCCCUGUCUUAGAUCAGUUAGGAUCACUACUUCAUUUUAAGAAUGUGAAAUGUCAGAAUAUUAGUAGAGAGAAUGAUUUAUAUCAGUUUUAUUUCUUGCAUCACAUUCCCAGUGGUUCAGAAAUGUACAUACUAUUUGGUAGCAUUGGCUUUAAAUUGUUUAACUUGGGUCAAACAUUUUGUGUAGCCUUCCACAAGCUUCUCACAAGAAGGUGCUGGAAUUUUGGCCCAUUCCUCCAGACAGAACUGGUGUAACUGAGUCAGGUUUGUAGGCCUCCUUGCUCGCACAUGCUUUUUUAGUUCUACUCAGAACUUUUCUAUCGGAUUGAGGUUUAGGGCUGUGUGAUGGCCACUCCAAUACCUUGACUUUGUUGUCCUUGAGGCAUUUUGCCACAACUUUGGAGGUAUGCUUGGGGUCAUUGUCCAUUUGGAAGACCCAUUGGCGACCAAGCUAUAACUUCCUGGCUGAUGUCAUGAGAUGUUGCUUCAAUAUAUCCACAUAUUUUUCCUUCCUCAUGAUGCCAUCUAUUUUGUGAAGUGCACCAGUCCCUCCUGCAGCAAAGCACACCCACAACAUGAUGCUGCCACCCCCAUGCUUUAUGAUUGAGAUGGUGUUCUUUGGCUUGCAAGCCUCACCCUUUUUCCUCCAAACAUAACAAUGGUAAUUAUGGCCAAAUUUAAAUUUUUAAUUCAAUUUUUGUUUCUUUAGACUAGAGGACAUUUCUCCCAAAAGUAAGAUCUUAGUCCCCAUGUGCACUUGCAAACUAGUUUGGCUUUGUUAUGGUGGUUUUGUACAGUAGCUUCUUCCUUGCUAAACAGCCUUUCAGGUUAUGUCGCUAUAGGUCUCGUUUUACUGUGGAUAUAGAUACUUGUCUACCUGUUUCCUCCAGCAUAUUCACAAGGUCCUUUGCUGUUGUUCUGGGAUUGAUUUUCGCGCCAAACUAUGUUCAUCUCUAUGAGAUGGAAUGAGUCUCCUUUCUCAGCGGUAUGAUGGCUACGUGGUCCCAUGGUGUUUAUACUUGCGUACUAUUGUUGGUACAGAUGAAUGUGGUACCUUCAGGCAUUUGGAAAUUGCUCCCAAGGAUGAACUAGACAUGUGGAGGUCAACAAUGUUUUUUCUUGAGGUCUUGACUCAUUUUUUUUUUCGAUUUUCCCAUGAUGUCAAGCAAAGGGGCACAGAGUUUGAAGGUAGGCCUUAAAAUACAUCCUCCGGUACAUAGUUUGCUUAUAUUAAAUCUGUGGAGUGGUUAAAAAUGAGUUUUAAAGACUUCAACCUAAGUGUAUGUGAUCUUCUGAUGUCAACUGUAUGUGUUUGUGGGGUUUGACUAUGAGCUCAGACAGCAUUGUUGACACAUGGUGUGUUAUAACAGCAGCUGUUUGGAAAUCGCUCAGUUUAUGUUCUGAAUAGAUGUCAUUGCAUCAUCAACAGCUGGGGAGUGAUGUAGCCACAUUCAUUUAAGGCCACAGGUCUUGCUCUUUGCAUGCAUGGCUUUCGCUGAAUACAAUCUGUUGAAAGUGAAUGUUUUGUUAAAAAGCUUACUGCAAUUAAUGCAGUGCUUUGGCCAUUUAAUCCUUAAUCUUACGAAUUACCUGCAGGUUAAUGCUUUAUACUAAACUGGGAUUGAGCAAUCUGAAAAUACAUUGUUGUUUUGCAUCAGUUGUAAACUGCUUCCACAAGCAGCAUGAUUUUACUCUGCAAAGUCCAAAAUAAUUAUGAUAAUGUUCCUGUGGUUGUUCUUUAUUUAUCUAAUGCUGUUAUAUGUGACGUUAUAAUGUCCCGAUUUUGACUUUUUUUUUUAAAUGCGGAGGAAAAGGACAUUUAUUCUUGUUUACUGUUUUCUCUAGCAUGUUUUAAAAUAUUUUUGGGGCCUAAACAAACUGGAGGUUAUACACAAUAGUUGCUGUAAAUGUAUCUAAACUUAAACA